AUGAUGACAUACUACCAUGGAAAUCAGACUGGUGGAAUCCCUGGAGUAUUACCUGGCCCUCCACCGAAUCCGCCGAACGGAUACUAUUGGUGGGAAUCUGGAGCAAUGUGGGGAUCAUUGAUCGAUUAUUGGCAUUAUACCGGAGAUUCAUCAUACAACGACGUUAUCGAGGCAGGGAUACAGUGGCAAGUCGGAGAGCACGACGAUAUGAUGCCCUCGAAUUGGUCCCAAUCCAUGGGUAACGAUGAUCAAGGAUUUUGGGGAAUGACUGCCAUGACUGCUGCUGAGACCAACUUCCAAAAUCCGCCUUCGAGCCAGCCAUCGUGGCUUUCUCUUGCCCAAGCUGUCUUUAAUACCCAGGCUACGAGGUUGGCAAUAGAAACGAUAUGCGGUGGAGGACUCCGGUGGCAGGUGUACCAAUACCUUACCGGAUAUGAUUACAAGAACUCCAUCGCGAACGGUUGCUUUUUCAACCUCGGUGCCCGUCUUGCUCGAUAUACGAACAAUGCUACCUAUGCCGACAGGGCAGAGGAAACCUGGAAUUGGAUCACGAACGUUGGCCUGAUGGACGCGAACUACAACAUCUACGAUGGUGCCCACAUCGAGACGAAUUGCACAGAUAUCAACAAGAUUCAAUUCUCCUACAACAUGGGCGUCUGGUUGCUCGGUGCUGCCAACAUGUAUAACUACACGAAUGGCAGUGCUAUCUGGGAACAGCGAGUAAACAGCCUCCUCAAUGCAACAUUCAACGUCUUCUUCCCUGACAACAUCGCCUACGAAGUCGCCUGCGAGUCCAAACUCACCUGCACAACCGACAUGUUCAGCUUCAAAGCAUACCUCACUCGCUGGCUCGCCCAGACUACUUUCCUCGCACCAUGGACCCGUGCCCUCAUCAUGCCCAAGCUCCGCGCCUCCGCCAUCGCAGCAGCACAACAAUGCUCAGGAGGCACCAAUGGUCGAACUUGUGGAUUAAGUUGGUCGAAGGGGUCAGUCUGGGAUGGGACCCAAGGAGUAGGACAACAAAUGGCUGCCAUGUCAGUCAUCUUCACGAAUCUCUUGCUGUUGCAAGCAGUCGGCGCGCCCCUUACAAAUGCUACCGGAGGAACGAGCUCCGGGAAUCCAAACGCAGGAUCUCAGAGUGUAGCGAAUCCAGAAGCCAUCAAACCAGCGACGCAGGGCGAUAGAGUGGGAGCGGGCAUUCUGACAACACUGAUGCUUGUUAGCGCAACGGGCAUGUUUGGCUGGAUGAGCAUCUAA